AUGAUGUCGUCAUUUCGGCAAACUUGGAAGAUGGGUUUUUUGAUAGUCUACUCAUCAAAUGCUGAUGAUAAUGUCGAUGUUGCCAACAACGACGGACCUCCAAUAAACAACUUUGGAAGAUACGAUAAUAAGAAUGAGUUUAUAAGAGAAGUUGAAAAUCUACCAUUUUCUGCACUUUUUACGAAGAUGACAGAUGUGGCAAACAACCAGAAGAGAAAUACUAUAAUCACCAUCGACAAUAGAGGACCAACUAAAGUUGGUGGAUUUUCAGUAAUCCAAGCCAAGAACAAAACUACAAUGAAAGAAAUGGCUGUUGCUUUAGUUGAUCCAAGUUGUCAAGGAAAGGGUUCAAGUCCAAAGAAUGAGAACAAGGUUCUGAAUAAAGUUAAAGAAGCAUUGAUAAGAUCAUUCAACAUAGUUAACACUGUUGUUGUUAGAUGUCAUUAUAAAUAA